CGGCGGAAGACGCGAAGGAGCGAGGGCUGCGGCGGGCCCAGCGGCGCGCUGCGAGGGGCGCGGGCGCUCGUCGCGCUUGCGGCGCUCUGGGCGGUGCGGGUCAUGGCUCCGCCCCUGGCGCCCGGCCGGGACCGUGCGGGCCGAGAGUUUGAGGACGCCUGGGAGACUCGGGGGGACCGCAAGGCCCGGAAGCCCCUGGUGGAGAAGAAGCGGCGCGCGCGGAUCAACGAGAGCCUUCAGGAGCUGCGGCUGCUGCUGGCGGGCGCCGAGGUGCAGGCCAAGCUGGAGAACGCCGAGGUGCUGGAGCUGACGGUGCGGCGCGUGCAGGGCACGCUGCGGGGCCGGGCGCGCGAGCGCGAGCAGCUGCAGGCGGAAGCAAGCGAGCGCUUCGCGGCCGGCUACAUCCAGUGCAUGCACGAGGUGCACACGUUCGUGUCCACGUGCCAGGCCAUCGAUGCCACCGUCGCCGCAGAACUCCUCAACCACCUGCUCGAGUCCAUGCCUCUGCGCGAGGGCAGCAGCUUCCGGGAUCUGCUGGGGGACGCCCUGGCCGGGUCUCCGGGAGCCCCUGGUCGAAGCGGCUGGCCCACGGGAGGGGUCUUGGGGUCCCCUCUGCCCAGUCCCCCGGGCCCCGGGGACGACCUGUGCUCCGACCUGGAGGAGGCCCCCGAGGCUGAACUGAGCCGAGCGCCUGCCGAAGGGCCAGACUUGGUGCCAGCAGCCCUGGGCAGCCUGACCGCUGCUCGCAUAGCCCAGAGCGUCUGGAGGCCUUGGUGACUAACGCCAGCCCCAGGUUUGCAAGGGUGGGUGUGGCCUUCCCUUGCUCUGUUCCAGCCUCCCUGGGGACAGAUGUGGUGGGGGCAGGGGCCUGAAUGUCUCCCAGAUCUGCCUGCCCUCUUCCUCCAGUGAGUGGGUUGCAGGGCAGUCCAGGAUGACCAGCCCACUCAGGCCCCUAGCCCUGUUUCUUAAGCGAGUAUCUCUUGGGGACCCCCAGCCCCGGGUUGGGUGGAGGGUGGGAGCUGCAGGCCGCAGGAAGAAUCCUACAGAGCUACCGCGGUUCUCCAGGACUGCAGGUGGCCCAGGCUUCCCAGGUACUGUAUGGAUCUGGGGGCAGAAGUGCUGAAACCCUCCUCCGUGCCGGGCACUAGUGUCGGGGACAGAGGGAGACCUCGGACCCUGGCGGCCCUGGCCUGAGCAGAAGCUUGAACUUGCCACUUCAUUCAGGACACGGUGCAUUCAUUCAGGACACAGGAGGCAGGUGCAUUCCCCAGCAUUGCCAGUCCUCUGCCAGACAGAAGCAAAGCCUCCCUGAACGCCUUGCAUUUAGCACACUUGGAGUUUGUGUAUUAGGUUACCAACAAAUGUUCCAGUUUUAUUAAAUAAAGGAUUUUGGAGAGUUAGUUACCCUUCAGAAGUA